UAUUUAUAUUAAUUUAGUUUGUGCAAUCGAUGUCGAAAGCAGUUUAGUGAGAUCUGUGUGUGAGUGUGUAUGUGUAGUAUUUUAAAUAAUUACAUUCACACACCAACGUCGCAUGUCAGUUGUGUGGUACUGUAUAUGGUUAAAUCUACCCUACUGCGAACCAGUCACAGUUUCACUCAGGUUCUGAGUUGACUUUGCUUAAUAAAGCAGUGCAUGACAUAUCUGACUCGGAUGCAACUGAAGAACCAGAGUCUCUCCCAGACUCAGAACCUGACUCUGAUGUUACAGUUGAUCGUGAUAACUUAGCAUACAAUAGUGGUCAAGAUCUCUUUUCUGACUAUUCCAAUAACUCUUUUGAUAGGGCAGACACUGAAGUCGCACCUUGUCUAUCUACAGAACAUUUAAAAAUAAUGUCUUCAAAAAAAUCCAGACAAGAAACACAUGCAAUUUCUGAAAGUGAUUCUGACUCAGAAAGCGAACAAAAUUCUAGAACUAAAUACAAUUCCAAGCACCAUGUCCAGAAGUUAUCUAGUUCUGUCAAAGUCGAUUCCAGAAAGCAUCACAAUCCCUGCCGUGAGAAUGGCUCUCGGUCUUCUUCACAUGAAUCCAGACAGAAAACUAAUAAAACAAAUCAUCAUACUCUUCAACAUAGCUCUUCUUCAUCUUCAAAAGAUAGUUCUAAUUCUUCUAAAAAAUCAUCCCAUAAACCUGAUAGUUCAGCUGUUAACGGGUCAGAAUUAUUUUCAAAUCCAGUAAAUUUAGGUUAUCGUUCGUCUUCUCUGACCAGCCAAUCAAACAAUUCAUUGACAUCAAAGAAGACAUCACAUUGUUCUCCUACUCCUCCUCCUAAGAAAACAUCCCACACAGAAAAGGCUACUAAUCAAAAUAAUACUUCAUCUUCUUUGAACUCAAAACUGCAUGAUAUUUUUGGAAGUGAUUCUGAUGAAGAUUUUGUUGUAAAUAACAAUUCUAGUGAUAGCGAGAACGACAGCAGUAGCAACAGUGAUGUAAAUGGCAACUCACCAGAUACAAACUACCAUAGUCCUAUGACACAUUCAUCAUCAAGUCAUCAUAAAAUGUCACCGUCAUCUUCACAUUCAUCUUCUUCAUCUCCUGCAUCAAGUUCUUCAGAUGAUGAUGAUAACUCAGGCAUUGAUAAACAUUCGCCAAAAUCUAAAAUCAAAAGUGUUAAGUCAGAUAGUUCUGACAUUUCCCCCAAAUCCUCCAAAACAAACUCUUUAGGUAAAAGCUCUGUCACAUCAACAACUAAAACUGCCUUAGACAAAUUGGUUUCAUCAUCUGAAGACAGUGAAACUGUUAAAAGGAAACGGCCAGCCACACCAACCAAACCUAUUUGCAAGUUUGGAACUGCUUGUACAAGAAAAAAUCCUACACAUUGGGAGGACUUUGAGCACCAUGAGAUUGAGGAGAAAAAACCUGUCAAGAAACAAAAAGCAGAUAAUGACUCUGCCGCCACUGCUUCGGUGUCCAAGUCUCCUGUUGCCCCGCCAACUCCAGAGAAAAAGUCACAAUCAGGUGAUAAGACAAUGAGCUUAGAAAAGUCUAUCCGUACAACAUACCGUGAGGGUCAACCUUUCAGCUUCUUUCUUACUCGUGUUAAAGGGAUUAGUUCACAGUACAAUUCUUCCUUUGUUAUGGGAAUUUCUGAUAUUUUGUCAUCAGCAUUUGGUAACCUUCAGGCAUCAUGUCAGUUUAAUUACAUGUUUGAUAUCAAGUGGCUGAUGCAGCAAUAUGCUCCAGAAUUCCGGCAAAAACCUGUUCUAAUAGUCCAUGGGUUUAAAGGUUCUGAGAUGACUGGUUUACAGAAUGAUGCAUCUAAAUUUUCCAGUGUGUCAUUAUGUCAAAUGGAGAAGCCAUGUAUCUCCUCUUCAGCAUGAUCAUUUCCUGUCAUUCUAUCAUACAUCCAUCUCCUUCAAAGCUAUACUCCACUCAGUUGAGGGGUUUCAGCUUGCAAGUACCUGAUAACCUCACCAGUGCUGAUGCUACAUAAAAUGCAUCCGAUACAUUCUGUAAAGUAGUUGGCAUUAGGAAGAGCAUCCAAUUGUAGAAGCCUUGCCAAAGCAGACAUUAGAGCUCAACAUAGUCCUCUGGUUUGUUAGUUCCUGUCAAACCAUUCAUUCAAUGUCAGCAUAGAAAAUGGACAUUAAAUACUGAUGAUGGUGAAGAAUGGGGAAAGUAAAUUUACUAAUAAUUUGAAGACGAUUUGCUCUUUACUAUGUAUUUCUAAUCUUUAUUUAUAAAUUCCAGUUUUCAUAUUAAUAUAUGUAACUGAAAGUCAAAGUUUGUGACUUUUAAAGAUAAUGAAAUUUAGAGCACUUAUAUGACAUCUGUUCCCAAUAAUCUAUCACAGAGGUGAUGAACUUUAUACUCAUCUGAAGGCUAAGUACAGCUUUCUGAAAACAGUGUAACAUUUGAGGGAAAAAACAUUAUAGUAGAAUAUAUCUUUCUUGAUUACAUAAAUUUCAACUAAUAGAGAAUGUUAGAAACAUCUACUGUUUUUCUUAGUCAGUUUAGUAUAUAGUGUAAACAUUCAAACAUCAUCGCUAUCUUUUCAAAUCUUGCUGCAAUCACAUGUCAUUUUUUGGUCUUCCAAAGUUGUCUUAGAUAAGUCAAGUUACCUUUUUUUGGCUGUAAACUUUGGUCUGAAAAUUCUGACUUAUAUGCUGGAAAAUACAAUAUCUUUUAUCUUUUACUUGUUUCAGUCAUUAAACUGUGGCCAUGCUUGACAAAUUUUAAUUGAACUUCUUGAUUCCAGCACUUAUCGAUUUGUAAAGCCUGGUACUUACUCUAUCAGUCUCUCUUGCUGAACUGCUAAGGUAUAGGGAUGUAAUCACACCAACAGCAGUUGUCAAGUGAUGGUGGGAGAUACACACACACACACACACACACACACAUGAUGGGCUUCCAGUUUCUGUCUUCUAGAUGCACUCACAAAGCUUUGGUUGGUCCAAAGCUAUAGUAGAAAACACUUGCCCAAGGUGCCACACUGUGAGACUGAACCCUGAACCAUGUGGUUGGGAAGCAAACUUCUGACCAUACAGCCAUGCCUGUACCUAUUUCUUUACACUUGUAAUUAUUUGUUUACAAUUGUGUUUUAAGAAUAGAAAUCUGAAAAUUUCUGUUAGAGUUCUUUUCAUCAAGUUGCUUAUUCUGAUUCUCUACCAUUUCUACAUUUUGUUAGAGUAUUUAUGAAUCAUUAUAUUUUAUAAAAUAACAAGUUUAUUAGUAUAAAAGUGUUUCUGAAAAGUGGCCCUUGUCAGAUGGUAGUAGUAAACUUCAGUGUGGCCUUCCAACAUCAAAUGGUUCUUCAUCUCAGCUCUACCACAUUGCUUCUUUGUUCAUUCACUUAAUGUCUGGAUGAAGGUGGGAGUGGUUAAUUUUAAGGCAGGAUGUUAUGGCUGGGUGCAGUUUUUGUCACCAAAUCUUACCUGUUUUUAAGUAGGAGUUUUUUUCAUUCCAGAAGUCUUUGAAAGUGCAGAACAGUCUGUCAUAAUAUCAGCAAGAUAUGUUGACCACUGGUUUGCUUAACCCUUUUGUUACCAACCCGGCUGAAACCAGCUCUGGCUCUGUAGUACAAAUGUCUUGUUUCCAUAAGUUUUGAAUUAAAAUCUUCCACCAAACAUUAGUCACAAUUUAUGUUCCUAACACUAGCUUAAUGAUAACUAAGUUAUUUUACUAAAUUCUUUGUUAUAUUUAAAAUGAUUAAAAAAAACACAGAGCAUCUCAAAAUAAAUACAGUAACGAAAGGGUUAAGUGGUGAUAAUAUGGAAUAAUCAACAUUCAUGCACACUCUCUCUCAGGGGCUGUUAGCUUAAUGGUAGCUGAUAUCUGAGAAGUAUUGGUUUGACUCCUGCAGCUGACUGCUGGCAACCUUUUUCUGUCCUGUAUGAGUUAAUACCCAAUCUUUCUCAGCUGUACUUACAGCUUUACUACAUUCAAAAUUUACUUUCUUGUCUGCA